AAAGAAAGAGAGACCCAAAACUGACGCUAAGCCAGAAAACAAAAUCUAAUGUGUGAUGGAAGUGACGCUGAGGCAGAAAAUACAUUUCUCUCUUACUCUGUUCAGACCAUCAACAACAAAUUUCCUCUCUUUCCCUCACUGUUGCUGCUUCAAAUCGUGGAUUAAGAGCAAAAAAUCAUUCAAGAAGCAUUUAACAGAUCUUGCAGAGAACUGUAGAUUUCAUGUUCAGGAGAUGUCAAAGCCAAAGGGUCAAGGCUCCAAUAACCACUGCUUGGUUCAUGUGGUCAAAGAUGGUGAAACUGUGGAAUCAAUUUCAAAGCAGUAUGGAGUGUCUAUUGAUUCAAUUGCAGCAGCUAAUAAAUUGGAUAUGAACAUUCUUUUCAAAGGCCAGCUCCUUAACAUUCCUGCUUUUGGAAUGGAAGACCCUCAAUUAACCAAGAAAAGAGAGUCUUUUAUCUUCUAUAAACAAGAAAGAUCUCAGGAUGGGUUCUUAAAUCGAAAAGCCUUCACCAUGCUUCUUACAUCCCAUGGUUUGUCACAUGCAUGUCUACUCAAUAAUCGGACUAAAUCCACCGGUUAUUUUCUGUUUCUGGUUCUUGUUAUUGCAUUUUGCAUCAAAUGCAUAAUUGGUGUCUUUCACUCUGGAGAUCCUAGAGACACUGAACUCCAAACUUCAGAUGAAUCAAGGAAGAAUCAUCGUGAUCAGCCCAGGAGUAUGCGAUGGAAAUCCGCCCUGAUUGACGUCGAGGGACCUAAUCUCGAUUCUGAUUUGAGACCAGAUUCCAAUAAUGCUUCAGAAGAUCAAGACUCGAAUUUCUUUGAAGAUAUGUCUCAUGCAUAUAGCAAACUUGAAAUUGAUUAUCAAAAGUUUCUAUCAGAAUGUGGAAUCAGUAAUCAAUGAUAGUAUCAUCUGCAGAGAUUGAACUCCUUUGUACAGUACUGCAAUUUUUUCUUCUUGUUGUUCACACGUAUAUAGAGGCAGUAAUAGUAUUGCAUGUUAUGACUAUUGGGCUUUUGUUUGACUCUGGCUUUUUAUCUAUAGCAAGUUGUGAAUUGCAAAUGGCAUGAUUAAGGUCAAGAGUACCAGGAUCAUUUUUUUUUUUUUUUUUACUGUUAAAUUGUAAAUUUUAGAAAACAAGGUUAUUGUGUUUUAUGUAUCUACUUAAA